GACACCAACCCCCACAUGGCCCCGCUGGCCCACUGCCAGUUGUGGCGCCUCCUCCCUCCCUCCUUUUCCUGCGCUAUUUAUCGCCGCCCUCGCUGCGUGUGCCACUCCCAUCGUAAAGCCAGCAAAAGAAAGACAGUCAGAGCAAAGCAGAGCGGAGCCUUCGCCUUCGCCCGCGCGCACACACACACAGCCGCAAUGGCGCGCGCCGGCGCUCUCUGCCUCGCGCUGCUCUGCCUCCUCGCGGCGCACUCCACCGUCGCCCAGAAGUCCGCGGCGCCGGCUGCCGCGCCCACAACCACCACGCCCACGCCGGCGGCUCCCGCCAAGAAGGCAGCCGCGCCCGCCGCGGCGCCGACCACCACGCCCGUCGCCGCCACCCCACCGGCCGCCGCAGCGGCUCCCACCACGCCCGCAACCCCCGCUCCUGCCGCGGCGCCACCCACCAAGGCCACACCGGCACCAGCCAAGGCUCCCGCCGCGGCCCCGCCCACCAAGGCCUCCUCGCCCCCUGCCCCGGCGCCCAAGGCCAGCACCCCGCCGGUAGAGGCCCCCGUCGCCGCCCCGCCCGCUCCCGUCGCCGAGGCACCCGCCACCAUUCCCACCAAGCCCGACGCCCCCGCGCCCGCGCCGGCCAAGAAGAAGAAGUCCUCCAAGAAGAAGAAGAAGAGCAAGGCCCCGGCCCCUGCUCCCGUCGCCGCUGAGGCCCCCACCAAGUCCAAGAAGGCCAAGGCCCCCGCCGCCUCCGACGACUCCGAAGCCCCAGGCCCCGCACUCGAUGCUGCCGCCGACGACACCGCGGGCGCUGUCCAGAGCAUGGCAGGAAGCAUCAUGUCGGCGUGCGCGAUGGCGCUGGGCCUCGUCGCCCUCCUCGCCUAGACGACGACGAGCAAAGCCGGCGAAUGCGGGAGGCCCGGCCCGGCCCCCGGCCCCGUCAAGGCCCGCCACGAGGACACGCAAUCAUGCACGCACCGGGCCUCUUUCGGACGAGCUGUCCGUCUUUGCGCGCCACCGCAUUUUGUGCUGUCUGUAUUUUUUUCUAACUGGCCGGACGGGCCGGCCUCUCCUGUGUAGCCCCGCUCACGCGCGUUCGUUCGCCUCGGAUUCUUUCUUUCUUGCCCCCCUCCCUGUACCGCCAAAUUGAUGAGAUUUGAUUUAUAUUUUUAUUUAUCAUUACUCCCCUUCAUUGUAUUAUGCCAUCCUUGUUUAAUCAUAGAUCUGUCUCUUUCAUCA